AGCUUUAGAUCCCGUCCGCCAACAACGGAACAUGGAGUUCGUAGUCAGCGCCCGCCACCAGGACUACCGAACGGCACAUCUACUCUCACGGAAUGCUCGAGUACAGUGGAAUGAAGACGACCUUCCAGCAAGGUUGUCACCGUAGAAUUCAAGUACAGACCAGACUACGACAAACCACGGAUACAGAUGUGAACUACGAUGAUCUGUGUAUCCACGGCGGUACUAUGGGCUCGAAAGUGCUGGUCAGUUCAUCCGCUUAGACAAACGACUUCUCG